CGAAGCUGCGUUGGUUUUUUGCGUUUCCCGCGGUUGUCACUCGGCUGUGUGUCGGCUGAUGCUGGUGGUGUCACAGUGGUUGUGGCGCAUCUGCUGCCGUGUGGCGUCAUGGUGCUGGCGGCGACGCUCCUCCGAGUCCGAUCAGCCAGAGCCGGCCACCCCGCAGCACCCCCUCACCCAUCUCUUUGUCGGCGACGACCAGUCCUGUCUGCUCGACCUCAGCACCAUCCUGCAGCUGAGGGCCACCGCGCGAUGCUUCUCAGAGGCCUUGUCGUCUGCACAGCUGCGAAGCCGACUCCACACCUCGAUUGCCCGCAGCGGCAUCGACACCCAGCUGGUGCAGUUUGACGAGUCGCUGUGUGGGGGUACUGUGCUGGCGGCCCUGUGGAUAGCUGAGGAGGGAGGGCGGUGGGACGAUGGCACUGCCGACGUGCUGCGGCUGGCCGACCACUGCGGAGCCUGCACGCUGCCCGUUGUGCUGACUGCCGAAGACAUCAACACACACGCCAACAAGACGGUCCGUAAGGCGCACUUCUGGCGUUUCCCACCCUUCUCUCUAUGUCUGUGUGUGUGUGUGUGUGUCUGUUUAGGCGUAUGUGUCGGUUCCCCGUGUGAUUGCUAAGCUCAAGAUGGUCGGCCGCCACAUCAACCUCGGCGACGGCGUGACGUUCCAGCUGUUUCAACAUGGCGACAGGCUGCGGGCCAUCAAGGACGAGCCAGGCUUCGAGCUGACGCUUGACCCACCCGGCCUGCCUGCCGGCCACCUGUAUCAACGCCACCGACAGGACCACGACCCACCAGCCAGCAGCCGCAUUCGCUAUUGUGAAGAAUGGGAAGCGGAGGAUGACGAUUCUGAGGUCACCUAUGCGUCGGUGUCGCACUUUGCCAAAGGGAAAAUCCUUAACUACUUCAAUGUGAGCCGUUCGGAUGAGGAGCGGGAGAUUGGUAAUGACCUAUUGAACUCAGAAGAUGUCGACAGGGCGAUGUCUGAUGCUGACAGGUAUGAUGUACGGAACACGUCAGUCACUCCGGAGGGCACACAUACUCGCGAUGUGCGUGUCGUUGGUUGGCUCAGGCGUGGCGAAGGCGGUGGCCGUCUGACUGCCCUGAUGACCGGGUCGCCUCACACACCAGCUAUAGGGUGCUCGACGACCAUCUGCAGCGAUGGAAUGCCAGGUCACCCUCUUGGGCCUGGAAUGCUGGUGCAGCUGGUGCUCACGGACAGCAGCCACCCCUUCGUCGCGGAAAUAAUGCUCUGCAACUGCGUCAACGGCAGUCGGGACGAACAAAGUCAGCCGCGAUGAGAUAUGAUAUAGCCGAAGAGAUGGACAGGCAAAUAUGCUUUCUCUCUUUUAUUUGCUUCUCUACAGUGUUUGGAAUAGAUAUAUCCACAACUGAGCCACGUGUGGAUGUCAGCGGCCGCCCCUUCCCCUGCACGUCUCAGCAGCACUGUGUGUGCCCAUGGGGGCCACGGUGUGUGUUCAAGUACGAAUCCCCCGCGACCGCCGCGCUGGCGCGGGAGGCGCUGGGCGAUGCGGUGGCGCCCAUUGUCUUCGACUGGAUAGACGACAGCGACGAUGACACCGACGAUGACAGCGACGAUGACGAUGGUGACGAUGGUGACGAUGGUACGCUCUGACCGACCAGACGGGAGGGAACACGUGUGUCAGUGUAUGAGGUGUCUUGUCUGUGUGUCUCUGUCUGUGUGAUGUAGACGGCAGCAGUGACAAUGGCGAUGGCGAUAUAGACGACGGCAGCCAAGGGGGCAGCGAAGGUACGCAUCGCAAGGGAAUACAAGGGGACAACAACACAGAUGCCCAUCCAUCGCCCUCAUCAAAACAUGUCGACCUGCAUUGCGUGUGUCUGUGUGUCAUGACGACAGGUGAUGAUGCCGCAGCAGAUGACUCGCCAACCGAUGCCACAUGAGACCGCGGGGUGAGGCUGGCUGACCACAGUAUAUGCUUGUGUUGGAUGGGGGAGGGUCAAUCUGUCUGGUGUGUGUCAUGUGGUCAUCCGUCGAGUAGUAGACUUGUGUGUGCGUUUGCGUGCCUCCGGGUGGUGUGUGCGCCUCGGUGUGCUGUUUGUAUGAAGCGAGUGCAGCAGAUGCGUCUGGUCGUUCCUCAGUACUCUUCCGUGUCAUUUGUGGAAUGUGUGUGCAGCCGGAGAGACAUAAUUAUAGUACCCAUGCGGGUGAAUCGGUGCGUGUAAGGCCGGAUUAUACAUACGUGUGAGUGUCAUCGGUCGUGUGUGAGAAUGUGUGUUCGCAUUUGACACGAUUACGUGAGCUGACUUACGAAGAAUCUCUCUCAGCC